AUGGUGGGUCGACAUCGUGGGUUUAUCGUCCUUUUGGAAAGGGUGGCACCAGAUAUUUUAACUGUUCACUGCGUGAUUGACAGACAGCAUUUAGUAGAAAAAAAUCUCAGUGAUCGUUUGCAUCAAUCAUUGCAAUAUGCCAUAUCUGCUGUGAACAAAAUUCACAGUAAAUUCAGACGCUUGCUACUAUACACCGAGAUUCACUGGCUUUUCAAAAGCUUCUGUCACAAUAGGUACUGGAAUCUUGUCGACACUGUGCUUGAGUUCCUCAAAAACAGAAAUGUAGCUCUGAGAGACAGAUUGCUAGAAUUUAUGAAAGACUUUGGCUGA